AUGGGAUUAUCUACUUUUAAAUAUUGGGAUAGAGUUAAAUUAGCAUUUAAUAAUGUGAAAAUGGAAGGAUAAAUUUUGUGGACUAAUAUAAAAAGUAGAGCUGACUAAGCUAAAAAUUUUUUUGAGAAUCAAUUUAAAAAGAAAAUUGUUUCUUCAUCUGAAAAAAAAGGAAGACUAUUAUUUUAAGAAACUUAAAGGUAACUUGAUGGAAGUAUUGAUAUUAAUAAUUUGGAAUUCGCAACUGUUUUUGGAUAAGUUUAAGAUGUAGCAGAUAACUUUUAAACUGAAGGGCUUACUGAAGUACUUAAUAAUGUAAGUGAUUUUAAAAGUCAAGUUGAACAAUAAACUGAAAAUUCAGGAGGAUUAAUCUAAAGAUUAAUAAAAUAAAUUGUUAGCAAAUUGGAAUUCUCAAAGUCAUUUCCUUCAUAAACACGUAAAAUUCCAGUAGAUUAUGCAUAUACAUAUAGUGGAAAAAUUGCAAAAUUCAAACUGGUUUUAAAUGCUUAAUGGGAAGUCACAUUUAACACCGGAAUAUAAUUUAAAAAUGGCUUAUUAGAUUUCAAAGCUGGAAUAAAUACUAAAGUAAGUGUAAAUGGUAAUAUUUCUUUUGGUAUUUCAAUAGGAGAAGUAGGUGGAACAGCAGAAGGAACAUUUUUAAAUACAUAAGUAUAGAUUGGCUUAGGACUAAAAGUUUUGGAAAAAUUUGCUGGUUAAGUUUACAUUGAUGGCAAUUUUAGCCCUUAUGCAUUUAAAAUAGGAGCAUAUUUAAAUCUUAGUCUUUAAAAAGAAAACAAAGUUUGUGGGAAAAAUAAUAAACGUUAUUUAGGAACUGCUAAAAAAAAUAAUGCAGGCAAUGUAAAUGUAUAAGCUAUAGGUUAGGCUGCUGAUUUAGCUAAAAAAAAUUAAAAAGUUGUUAGUUCCGUUAAUAAAAAUUCAAAAAUGAUUAAUUCCGCUACUAAUGCUGCAAAAGAUAAAGCUAUAUAAGAGGCUAAAGGACUUGGUUCAGGUUCUAUUACAAAUGUUAAAAGUGCAGUUUAAGAUAUUGUAGGUGGUGAUGAAACAACAUUGGUAAAAAAUGAAUCUAUUGAUAAUGCAUAAAAUCAAUGUUAAGUUAAUGUAGAGGCUGUACCUAAAAAAGAUUAUAUUUUCGGACCAUUUGAGUUUAUAGGUGAAACAUAUAAAAAAAGAUUACUUGAUAAGUCAUGGAAUGGCUAUAAUUAAUCUAAAGAAGGAUAAUGA